AUGUUGAGUGUUGCUAUAAGCUACAAAGAGGUUUUCGAUCAGAUUGGGUAUUCUUUGCAUUACGAGUCAAAUAAUGCAUCUAAAAAAAGGAAGAGUGAAGGUGUUUAUGGUGGUUCAAUUCCCGGUUCAUCUUCAUUUGGUUAUAGUAUCUCUUCCGGUCAUCGUGUUGGAUUCAAAAAGCUCUUAUCAGAUAUUGCUUCUAUUACUAGAGAUGAUGAUGAAUCAGGAGCUUUCAGCACUAGUGGAAGAUUAGUAAGUCCUCAUCGUAGUCGACUUCAUCCAAAGACAUUGGAGGCUUUAAUGUGUGCUCAAAGUUGGUUGUUGAAUGAAAUUCGAGCAACUUGUUUUGAAGAGACCGAGGCAUAUUGUCGUUCUGUUGAAUUUGAUUAUGAUGUGGAAGAGGAAAAUACUAAAGAAAGCGGGACAAUAAGUUUGGAUGAUUUUGUUUGAUUUUAAGUUUGUUUUAAUGUUAAGUGGUAAUGUAAUAAUGUAUUAUUGUGAUGAAUUAAUUUUUCAUAUUGUGUACUUGGAUGUUUUGGUUGGUUGGUUGUUGUUACGAUAUUAGACUAUUAGUGAUUUCUAUUUUGUUAAAUGAUUUAAGAACUUAUUUG